AUGGUCCUCUUCCUUCUUGUUGGCCUGGCGAUGAGUGUUGCGCACUGCGUCUUUUAUCCGAAGCUCAAGGGCCAGAUAGUGGGGAAGGCCGACCAGCAAGAGGAGAAGAUUAGGUUUGGUACUGCGUUUGCCUUCCUCGCUCAGAUCUGCCUCGGCGCCAGUGUCUGGACUGCAUAUACUCAGUGGCUUUGGAGGACUUUGAUGAAGAAAGAUAUGACGUUCAAGGUGUUGAACUCAGCUUUCGGAGCUGAUACAUCAGUACUGUCUUUGCUUAACAUGGAGAUGUGGAAGCGGUUGAAGGUAGGAUCGGUAAUGGCUUGUCUGGCAUGGGGGUUGUUGCUUCCGCCUUUCUUCACGCCCGCGACUCUGUUCAUAGUCGAGGGAACCAACGUCGAAAACAUCAUCGCAGCCAUGCCACAUCCAUCCAUCGCAAAUGCCAGCGAAGCGCAUCGAUAUACCUACUCGCCGCCCAGUCAGCCCGGUACGACACAGUACUUUGAUGACAAGAACCGGAUAUUUUCUGGACCAAGGACCGUUAUGAAUCUCUUGGCUACUGCUACUUCAUCCCUUGGUGAGAUACUACCACUGGAUCUGCCAUUCAAUAAUUCCGCUUACGCCGUCGGUUUCUAUGCUCCGGUAAUCAGAUGCAGCCAGGCCAAUGAGACGGAAGAGCAUGCUAUCGACGCUUUCCUACAAGAGGAAAUGGCAGCAGUGGAUGGCACACUUAUAGAGACGGAUAAUGCGUACUUCAGCUUCGUGCCAACUCAUAAUAGCACUGGAGGCCUCACAGCAGUUUCGCAUCCUCGUCAACACGUACCUUCGAAACCAAUGAACGAGCUUUGGAUGACGUUUCUGCGGCCUAUCAUCAACGACCAAGGCGAGCGGGUCAAAUUACGCCAGUACCAGAUCUGCCGACCACACAACGCCUCCUACAGUCUGGAGAUCUCGCAGCAUCAUGGGCUGCAAAACGUAUCCGGCAAAUACGAGGUUGGUGAAACGAUCUCGUUUCCAGACGAGGGACCUGAUGAGAUCUCCAACAUGACUCAACAUGCGUACACAGCAUUCAUGUGGGUUAUGUGCGACCAACUGGUAGGCAAGCUAGCAUGGCUUAAAGACACGAGCAUCUCAGACAAGCAAGCAGCAGCUCAGUACGGCGUCAUCGACUCGCCUAUACAGCGUACUAGUCUAUUGGGCUCUGCCGAUUUAGACGCAUACUUUGAGUUUGACGAAGAGAAGGUGUUGUACAAAGGGCAGAAUAUGUCAACAGCCUUCAAGCUCAGUGAUCAGAGGCUACAGGACAAAGCGAUGGCGAGAAACCGGACGCUGGACGUUCUCAUCGAAGAACUGAGCUUCAAUUUGACGGUCAGCAUGAUGCAUAACAGGCUACUGACCAACAUGGCCAACACAACUGUUCAACUGACUACUGACGUAAAUCGCUACGACUACAAAGCCUACGGGUUGUUCGUCCCCUACGCUCUCGCCAACGCAUUCGCCAUCCUCUGCGUCAUCCUUGGCUUAACAUCGCUCUAG